AGUCAGCGCACGACGAAAGGCGUCGCAGCGCCAAAACUCGGGUACACAGACACCCAGUCCUACGCUGGUGCUAGUGGUGGAGAUGACAGGAUGACCGAAAGUAGGAGCCAAGCCGUCACCGCGAAUUCAGCUGACAGGCUCAGCGCCAGGAUAGCCGUGUUACAAGCGGAACAGGCUGUGGCGGAAAAGCGGCUGGAAAUCGCCCGGUUGACGGAGCAGGCGAUGUCGGAAGCCGAAGGGACGUUGAGGGAAAGAUACGUCGCUUAUCGACUUUGACGAUGAUGUAGUUGCACCUAGUUCAGUUGCUGUUCCAACACCAACAGAGUCACACACGGUAGUCGGUGUAGAAUCUCAGCCAUCAGAAGGAGAGGCUUCCCAUAGAUCUACGCACGUAACGUCAGAAUCAGCAGUAGGUCUACACCAUGCAGAGGCCUGUCAGGCUAGCACACCACCACCGGUAGACGUAGUGAUAGACGCACAUGUAGAGAGGGACUCAGAUGUCCAGCAUGUCCGUGCAUUCACUCCGGCACACAGCUACCACUACCAGGCACCGCCAUGCGUAGUCCAAGAUCCAAGCACUGUCGGACCCCCGUCAGUGGAGGCACGUUCCGACAUCAAUCAACCCUGCGGACAAGGGCACCCGGGGCCUAUCUGCAGCCCAGCUCGCAUCCGAUGACGACUGGUGGCAUGGCCCGAAGUUCCUACGCGGACCCGAGAGUGCAUUCCCGGCGCGGCCGAUCGAGGUUCCCAGUAGUCUGCCGGCAGAGCUGAAGAAGCGAUCCGCUAUGUCGUUCAGCGCGGUUCCAGGGAAGUACCAGCUUGACCCCUCCAACUUCUCGUCUUGGACGCGGCUCAUCCGUGUCACCGCUUGGUGUCAGCGCUUUGUACGUAACGUCCGUAUACCGAGGGAGGCUGGCGCCAACAGACCAACCCCCGCUCCACGACGCAAGUUUGGAUCUGCCAGGUCAGUGAACGGUAUGACAGUACCCGCUCUCUCCCCUGCAGAGGUCCAGGCGGCCGACGUGUUCUGGGUACGGAAGGCCCAGGAGGAGGUGUAUGGCAAGGUCAUCAAGCGACUGGAGUCCGGCAAGGAACCCGAUCCCAACGAGCCAUUGCUGAAGCUGCGACCCCAGCUGGAGGAGGUACAUGGCACAACCGUACUGACGGUCGGUGGGAGACUCACCACUGCACACCAUCUGCCGCUGACGACAAGACACCCCAUCAUCCUGCCACCGAAACAUCGGGUCACAGCUCUGAUCGUGGAUGACGAAGACGAGAGAUGUCAGCACUCCAUGGGUCCCAACCACCUGCUGGCCAACCUCAGCAACCGGUACUGGCUGAUAAACGGGAAGUCCGUUGUGCGACAGCAUCGCCACAGGUGCGUCAAGUGCCGACGAGGCUACGCGAAGGCUUUGACUCCAAUCAUGGGAGGGUUGCCGGAUUACCGGACCUCGUCACCACUUAUCGCCUUCAGCAAGGUGACCAUCGACUUUGCCGGUCCAUUUCUGACGCGCCAGGGACGAGGCAAGGUGCAGCAGAAGCGGUAUAUCUGCGUAUUCUCGUGCCUGCUGACCAGAGCGGUACAUCUGGAGCCCGUCAACUCGCUCGACACAGAUGGGUUCUUGAUGGCGAUGACCCGAUUCUGCAAGAGGCGUGGAACCCCGGAGUUCAUAGUGACAGACAACGGGUCGAACUUCACCGACGCAGAGCGACAGCUGCGCGAAGCCACCUGCACGAUAGAUCAAGACCGCCUAACCACCCACUCCGAGCUGCGAGAUGUACAGUGGCAUUUCAACCCACCGAGAACGCCCCACUUCGGUGGUGUAGUAGAAACGAUGGUCAAGGCAGUCAAACGCGCACUCUGGCAUGUGCUGCACCAGGCUGGCCUCACGGAUGAGGAGUUCUCAACAGCGCUGGUACAUGCCGAGGCAAUGCUGAAUUCCCGUCCCCUUACCACCGUAUCAUCUGACAGCGACGAUCCAGAAGCGUUGACGCCAAACCACUUCCUGAUGGGACGCGCGGCUGCAGUCACACACCUCGAGGCGGAGACAGAGGACCUGGAGAAGGUCCACCCCAGACGGCGCUGGCUGUUUCUACAAGUGCUGACAAGGCAAGUUUGGAAGAGGUGGCUGCGCGAGAUGGUCCCGGCGCUAAACGUCCGGUCCAAGUGGUACAGGAAGGCAAAAGACGUCGAGGAGGGUGAGGUCUUCCUUGUCAUGGAUGAGAGUACUCCGCGCGCGACAUGGCCUCUGGGACGCGUCACAGCCACAUACCCAGGGCAAGAUGGUGUCGUCCGUGCAGUCAACGUGAAGAUCAAAGGCAAGGAGUAUCGACGAUCAGUUCAUCGCCUCAUCCCACUGGAGGUAACAGAGGGUGAGGUGGAGCUCGACUCCGAGAACUGCCCAGCCACAGCCAACGUCAAUGUGGACAAUGUCACCAGCUGA